AUGAUCAGGGGCGAAUAUGCAAGGAAACACCAGUUCCCAAUAACAUCAUCUAACCCGAUAUCUUUGAAAGGGUUUGGCGGUAGUGGUGAAGCAGUGUUGACACAAAGAACCACAGUAACACUGUUGUUACAAGUGCAAGCACCGGAUGGGGUUCCAAAAUCCUAUGAGACUAAUGAGAUAUCUUUCUUGAUCUCUGAGUGGCUACCGCAAGACUGUGAUGGAUUAGUGGGGUUUGACGUUUUACAGGACAAUUUAUUGGGCACAAAUUGGGAUAGGAGAACAGAACCACCUACUUUUGUGAUGCAAUUAUCAGAGGUGCAGGAUGUAGGAUUCCUUAUUCCUAAACAGGAGGAGUCCUGGUCAGCAAUAGACGAACAACGGGUACCGGACUUGGACGGCAAACUCCCGGAUGAGUAUGAUUUCUCGUACCUGGAAAGAGUAGGACAAUUACUGUGUAAGCCCAAGGAAGAAGUAGACAGAAUAAAAGCGAAGUUCCUGCAGGCUAGAUAUGACCCCAGAUAUACGAAAUUUAUCAAUAAUGUCCAGGUGAAGCUACAGCCUAGAAACGACGCACAGUCCUUGCGAUCUAUAUACUCACGAAGAACCCUAUCCUGCAGGUGGUAG